AUGUCCCAAAAUGCUGUGAACAAGUUAGAACCAUACCAUAUGAGCUCACUACCGUCAAGCAUAAUAUUUUCAUCACUGCAACACCCUGCCAACAACCUCAACAAAAUUACCAAGUUGUGUCAAAACCCUAACAAGUACAAUAGCAUUAAAAUCACAAAUUUAACAUAUUAUAAGCUGAAAUUUCAUUUCUUUUAUGUUAAUUUCCCAACACCACCCAGAUCUGAAAAGGUGUCUGCAAUUGUUCCAAGCCUGCUGCAUCAAGAUUUUAAAGUUAGCAUUGAUAGUUCAAAUCAACUGCCACCACUUUGUAACCAUAAACUCUGUUUCCUUUGA